CUAAGAGUCUCCUCGUAGGAAGAAAGAGUAAUUUUUCGAACAAUAUUGAAAAAAAUAUUUCAAGUACCACAUCUUAUACUCGUUUUUCGAAACUUGACUCAAGGAACAUGUCCGAGCAUUCAAAGGCACAGGAGAAGAUGAGAGAUCAAUCAAUUGCAAUUGUUGGGGUAGCAUUUCGCUUACCUGGUGCAAACGAUGGGGCCACUUUAUGGAAAAACCUCAUGACCGGAACCGACUCCGUGGGCGUAGUCCCAUCGAAUAGGUGGACAAAGGGGAAAGGGUGUCGUGAGCUCAAACAAGUGCAAAAAUCUGUUAAAGCUGGCUUCAUUGAUAGCGAUGUGGACAAAUUUGACUCAAAUUUUUGGGGAUUGUCACCACUUGAGUUGGGUUUCAUUGACCCGCAGGCACGACUUCUGCUCCAACUAAGUUGGGAGGCUCUCGAGAACGCAGGGAUCCCACCAAUGUCUCUACGUGGUACUGCGGCUUCUGUACUUGUAGGCAUGUGGAGAGAUGAAUAUAAGGAUCUUAUCUUGACUUCUGGAUCCAGUGAAGGAGGGGAGGAGCUACGCCGUUACCUGGGGUGCUCAACGGGGAACGCUGCUGCAAGGAUUGCUCAAUUUUUUAGAACGACGGGUCCGACCGAAGGGAUUGAGGCGGGAUGUUCUUCAUCCUCAUGCGCAAUUGAUGUCGCUAUGCGUCAUUUACGUAGCAGAAGGACAAGUUUGGCUCUUGCUGGCGGAGCAAAUCUCAUCUUGAAAGGCGUGUUGUCCCCUGCUGGUCGGUGUAAAGUUUUUCAAGUUGAUGCAGAUGGUUUUGCAAGAGCGGAUGGAGGAAUUAUCUACGUCCUUAAACGAGUUUCGGAUGCUAUCAGGGAUGGCGAUCGCAUACUUGGAGUUAUCAGGGGCUUCGGAUCUUCGCAGGAUACUCUAAGCCGAAAUGUUGGUACCCCAACCAUUGAAGGCGAGUCAGCCGCUAUGCUGCUGGCUCUGAAAGAUGCAGAGGUGAACCCGGAGGAUGUUGAUUGGGUGGAAAUGCACGGAACGGGGACUCGAGUUGGUGACCCCGUGGAGGUAGCGUCUACUCGACUAGCAUACAAAAUUUCGUCGGGCGAAAGAACGCGACCAUUGAUCAUUACCUCCAUCAAAGCUAAUAUUGGUCAUAUGGAAAGCGUGUCAGGAGCGGGUGGUCUGCUCAAAGUUCUUUUAGCCAUGGAGCACAAUUGCAUUCCAGCCCAACUUCUAACUGCCGACCUCAAUCCUGAAAUCAACUUUGGUGGACUAACAAUACCGAAGGUGGCACUUGACUGGAAAGGACGACUUGCCGGUGUGUCCUCAUUCGGCAUAACGGGUACGAAUACUCACCUUAUUUUGGAGCGUCCCAGGCCUAAACGAACACCUCUACUCAUGAACAAACGUACACCGCUAUACAUACUCCCCAUCUCGGGAAAAUCUGCCGCUGCACUCACAAAUUUGAGAACCGAGCAUGUCAAGGCCUUGGAAUUGCUAGUGGAACACGAUGGUGACGACGACUUGUUAGCAGCCUACUGCUUCACUGCAGCCACAUGUAGACAUCAUUUUGAUGAACAUAGAUCAGUUUCCAUGGGUACCAACCGUUCCGAGUUACUUGAGGCUCUAAAGUUGAACAAUUUCGAAUCAGUGGGUGAAAAGAAAACUAAGAAUACCGCGACAGCUGGACACACUCCUAUUUCUUUUCUCUUUCCUGGUGAAGGCUGUCAAUAUGUCAGCAUGGGAUUAGAGUUAUAUAAUUCAUGCCCUCCGUACCGUCGCCACUUUAAUGAAGUAAACUCCUAUUUCAUCCAAUUCACAGGGAUAAACCUCCUUGAAUGGCUAAGGGGUGAAAGUGAUAUACCACUCUGUCCUUUACUUUGCACGUUUGCUGUGGAGUACUCACUUCUAAAUAUGUGGGUAGACUGGGGUGUAAAACCCAACUUGUGUGUGGUUGGUCACUCAUCUGGGGAAGUGGCCGCAGCAACGGCUGUUGGUGAGCUGGAUCUCCCUACCGCGGUACAGCUGAUGGCAUCCCUACGAAAAAAUCUUUUGGAGGCGGUUGAACCAGGGUGUAUGGUCGUUCUAAUGGCGGACGAGUUAUUGACAAGAAAAAUGAUUCAUGAAUAUUUAGAGAUCAACAUUGUAAAUAACAAAUCUGAGGAAGGUUGGAUCGACAUUUCAGCCUUUAAUUCAUCGAAUCAGACAGUAGUGUCAGGUCCGAAGGAAACCAUGGAAAAAUUUUCGACCUUCGUCCGCAAAAAUUAUCUUAUAAAAGCCACCAUUAUUAGUCACGUUCAUCAUGCUUAUCACUCACGGUCGUUUGAGCAAGGAUCGACUGCUUUUAAGAUGGAACUGGAUAAAUUACAAUUUGGUAGCCGAUAUCGGAAGCCGGCGUAUAUAUCCUCAGUGUUUGGACGGAAAUUAGAGGACUCAGAACACUUGGACCCUUCAUAUUGGUCAGCGUGCUUCAAACAACCUGUGAAAUUUAUUGGAUCCUCUGUCGCCGCUACGGCUCACCUUGGUGGUCGGCUAUUUCUAGAAAUUAGCCCUCAACCGGUGAUAAGUUCCUUAAUUGUGAACAAUUUCUCUGAGCAUGAUCUUGUCUGUAUUCCCUCACUAAGAAGGAACGUCCCAAAUUGGACCACCUUAGCGGAAGCUAUCGCUACUUUGUACCUUCAUCGUGUUCAGCUUGACUGGACACAAGUCUGGAUCAGUUUGAUUGGCGUCAAUAUAUUGCAUAAGAAAGUACCCCACCUUCUACCUACGUAUCCAUUCCAAAAUGAAGGACCUUUUUGGUUCAACCCUUCAACGAUUUCAAGACGUGAGGCUGGUGUUAAGUGCAAAUCUAAAAUAGUCCACCCCUUACUGGGCUCAAUGUUCCCAGUCCCGCAAUGUGGGAUAAUAAAUCAUAUAGCAAUUUUUGAAACGUCUACGGAAGGAUUGCUUGAUAGGGCGGGAAGCUGGCUAGUAGAUCAUAACAUCGGGCCCCACAAUAUCUUCCCUGCCGCAGGAUAUAUAGAAAUGGGUUUUGCGGUUGGGACGGUGCUUUUCAAAAUGAAGGAGCCCCCGGGUGGUAUCAAGUUGUCUAACAUCGACAUUAAAACAGUUCUAUCAUUAGAUGUGAAGUCGGUCAUUCAAACAAAUGUGACUUAUGAUGGAGAAAUUUUCAAUAUCUGCAUAUCCAGCCAGCGGGAGACUGAUGACAGUGGCUGGCAGUUGCACGCUACACUUAAUUAA